AUGCUUGAAGGUGUGUCCAAGCUAGCCAAAAUGUUGGCUUCAGAUGAAUUGAAGACCCGUAAACUGGGUCACAAGUACGUCCGUGAUCUAUUUAGUCUCAAGCCCGGCUCUGACAUAUGUGAAUUAUCUUACGAGGACAUACUUGGAGUCUGCAAAGGUCUUCACUACAGUCUGUGGAUGCAGGACAAGUUAUUGCUUCAGGAAGAAAUUGUUAAGCGUAUUGUGCACUUAGUGCCCACUAUUAAGUCUCGUCAGAUUCGCUGUAUGUAUAUAAACGCCAUGUUUGAGACCCUAGCCCGCGAAUGGGACAAUCUUGACGUGUGGAGACUUGAUAAAUUCAUGAUGUUAACACGCGACCUCUUUGUCCGGUGUUUAACGUCGACGAAAAAACGCAGCAUUCCCAUAAAGACCCUCACAGACGCAGUUUUCGACAAAGUCCUAAACAAUAACCUGAACUCGGCUAUCGAACUCAAACUUCACCUCGUUACUGUCAUCCAGCAGGAAUUGGUCAAAGUAAAGGACAUUCCAAUGGUUGUUCAGAGUUUCUUCAAGCGCACUCUAAAAGUUAUUGAAGACGUGCCAAGGCUAAUGCGGACCUAUCCCAAGUUGCCUCUGAAGGAAAUAAGCGAAGAGUUGUUGGCUGCUUCGACGAAGUAUACUGCCCACAGAAAGAUAUUGUGUAGGGUUGCUCAAAUGUGA